AUGACUCCUCCUUCUGACGUUGACGAGGUGACCCUCGCGCCAGAGGCCAUCCUGCGAGCCGUGAUGCUCUCGCUCUGCGACGACUACCCCACCCUCAUCAGAGCGCUCAAGGCCACGCGGGCACUGACCAAGCUCUCUCAAUCUCGCGCCGCCGCCGCCGAAGGCGACGACUCUGGAAAACGCAAGGCCGAAGGUGAAAUUUUCAUCAUAGGAGAGCCGGGCAUGUUUGAGGAACCAUAUUGGUACGGUUACCCAACCUUCCACCUACGGUUCCAGCAUGUUGGAACGCUGGAACGGUAUCUUAAGUGGAACGGUUCCAUUUUCCUGAUCGGCAACUUGGAACCUGACUAUGAAGGCGACUUUUGUGCCGACCAUGACGAGGGCCACGCUGAGAUUGAUACUGAAGAUAUGAAACGGGAGUGUCCUGAAGGAUUCAUCUAUGAUUGCUGUGACGAAAACGGCGAGUCUAAGGGCUGCGCGAAGUCGCGCCAUCAAGAGCAGCCCAGCAAAUCGUUGAGAGGUGGUUAUGGGCUCGAUUGA